UUCCAACGGCUUUCCUGUCGCUGCCUUACGCGUCGCUACGCUACCGUUGGUAGUAGCCCUUGGAGAGCUGUUAUUUGCGCACUACCACCAUGUCUGAAUUAAAAUGUUCCCUUACUGGAGGCAAAGAGAAAAGAGAGGAGCUGGUCAGGAGCCUGCCAUGGCAGCACCUGAUGAAGCAUGGGGAGGAGGAGGAAGAGGCACUGCUGAAGGAAGAAGAGGAAGAGGCACUGCUGAAGGAAGAAGAGGAGGAGGAGGAAGAAGAGGAAGAAGAAGAGGAGGAGGAGGAGGAGGAAGAGGAAGGCCCAGACAGUAGCUCCGAUGACCUGAGCCCCGAGACCCCCUGCAUGCACCCAGACCUCCUGGAGCUGGCGGUGGACCGGGAGAAGUGCCGCAGCAUCCGCAGGCAGUACCGGCAGCUCAUUUACACUGUGCAGCAGAACCGCGAAGACAUCGUGAACACGGCCAGCGACUCGUUGACGGAGGCCCUGGAGGAGGCCAAUGUGCUAUUUGACGGGGUGAGCAGAACCAGAGAGGCAGCCCUCGACGCACAGUUCCUGGUUUUGGCCUCUGAUCUGGGUAAAGAAAAGGCAAAGCAGUUAAACUCCGAUAUGAGCUUUUUUAAUCAGGUUGCCUUCUGUGACUUGCUGCUGGUGUUUGUGGGCCUCAACUGGGUGGAAGAGGAGUGUGAGGGAUUUAGCAACUGCGAUGAUAGCAUAACUCUUUGCUUCUGGAGCAUGUUGCACAAGGAAGCAGUGGCCUGGAUGCUGCAAGCUGAAACGUUCCACUUCAUUUUUGGUUCUUUUAAGGCAGAACGUUCUGCACGAAAGCCCCGGCUUGAACAUCACAAAAGAGCUUGCAAAAUGGAAGGAAAUGGGGAUAUGCCUACAAAGUUGAGGAAGCUGGAUGUGCAUGCUAAUCAGGAGACAACAGAAAAAGAAGUAGAGAGAAUCUUGGGAUUGCUGCAAACCUACUUUCAAAAGUACCCCGAUACUCCAGUGUCGUAUUUUGAGUUUGUGAUUGAUCCAAACUCAUUCUCUCGCACCGUGGAGAAUAUCUUCUAUGUUUCUUUUAUUAUUAGGGAUGGCUUUGCAAGAAUCAGGCUCGACCAAGACAGACUGCCGAUUCUAGAGCCAACUAAUGUUAACCAGGUGGAUGAAGAAAAUGAUUCCUGUUCUUACGGCAGGAAACAAGGAGUUAUAUCUUUGAGUUUACAGGACUGGAAAAAUAUUGUCUCCACUUUUGAAAUUUCAGAGGCUAUGAUCAAAAACUCAUACUAAAGAGUUUUAUUCAUAGUGUAUGACUCCAUUUUGAACUAAUAUUGCAAAAUGGAAUCUAAACAGAAGCACAAACUCUAGUAAACUAUUUUCAAGAACAAAUGAAAA